GUCACGCGCACCGAUAAUGAGGUAUUCAACAUGGCGCAGUGAGUGCCACUCAGUGCUCGCGGCAGCUCCGAUGUGAAUGCUGGACGAAGCGCGCGAUGCGGCGUAGACGCAACGGGGAGCUACCCCUGCCCAACGGAUGGGAAAUGGGGCGCGAUUUCGACGGCAAAAUCUACUACAUCGACCACAACAACCGGAAGACGUCGUGGAUCGACCCUCGCGACAGGUUGACGAGGCCACUGGACUUCUCGGAAUGCGUCGGCAACGAGUUGCCCGUCGACUGGGAAGAGUCGUACGACCCCAAAAUCGGAGUCUACUACAUCAACCACAAAUGCCAAACGACGCAGAUGGAGGAUCCAAGACUGGAAUGGCGCUCGAAGCAGGAAAAAAUGCUGCGAGAGUACCUGCAAACGGCGCAAGACGCCCUCGAGGCCAAAAAGGAAAUCGUGGAAGUCAAAUCGCAAAGGCUGUGCCUGGCACAGGAUGAGUACAACCACCUCAACAAUGCGCUCGGCACGCUCACCACCUCAAGGACGAGUCUGUGUUCAAGUUCAAGCAGCGUUAGUACAAAAUACGACCCCGACCUGCUCAAGUCGGACGUGGCGCUGGCCAAGAGCAGGGUGCAGCGGCUGAAGCGCGAGCUCGAGCAGAUCAAGACGGAAGUGAGCUACACGCAGAAAGGAGUCGAAACGCUCGCCUCGGUGGAGCAGAAAUUGGCGAACCAGAUGAACUGCUACAGCAUCACGGAGGCGCAGGCCAUCACGAUCGAGUUGAAAAACAUCCAGAAGUCGCUGGACCUGGGCGUGAAGGAAAAGGCCGAGCUGAUGCAGUCGCUGGCCAAGCUGAAGGACGACCUGACGCGGCUGCAGCUGUCCGAGAGCUCGCCGGACGUGUCCACCCUGAGCAUUCCCAUGGAGAAGCUGAGCACGGCCUCGCAGACCGACUUGAGCGUCGAGCCGGCCGUCAUGCGGCUCGCCGAGAUGGCCCGCAUGCGCCUCCACUACGACGAGGCGCGGCAAAGGGUGCAGGACAUCCAGCAGAAGCUCGCCGACCUCGAGGAAAAGGUCACCCCUGGCCAGGCAGAGUCCGACAAGGACCGACUCCUCCUCUUCCAGGAAAAGGAGCAGUUACUGCGGGAGCUGCGGAGCAACAAGAAGCACAGCCGGUCGCAAUUAGAAGUGAAGGAAAUCGAGUUGCAGAUCCGACGGCUGGAGCAGGACCUGAACGACGCGAUGGAGUUGUCCAAUCGGGCCAUCGCCGACCGGCUUCGCCUUCACGAGGAGAAGCAGCUCCUUCUGCAGCAAUUGAAGGACGGCCUGCGAAACAUGGCGAUGCUCGAGUCGCAGCUGCGAACGCUCUCGGCGUCGACGCUGAGCGCCAGUUCGAGCUCCAGUCUGGGCUCGCUCAGCACCAGCAGCAAAGCCAGCAGCAAGGGUUCCCUCAGCAGCAGCCUCAGCUUCACAGACAUCUACGGUGGACCCCAGUGCACUUCCACGGAGCCCAUCGACAUGGUCGACCUCCACCGACGCGUCGAAAGACUUCUUCAAGGGAGCUCUGGCGGAGAGCAGUUGGCAGCGACGCCGCACUCGCAGCCGUCGUUGUCGCCGCGGAGUUCGUUGUCGACGUCGCCGCCGCAGUCGCCGUACGACCUGGGCCCGCCGCCGGCCUACGAACUGGCCUACCAGCGGGGCGGCGCCGGCCCCUCGCUCGCGCAGCUGACCGACAAACUGGUCGAGCUGCGGCUGGCCCGUCCGGCCGCCGACCUGGUGGGCGUGGCCCGCGGCAACGGCGGCCGGCACGUCGGCCUCGACUCGAUCAGCCUGAGCAGCGACGCGGCGAGCAACCCGCCGCUGUCGCCCAUCUCGGAGAUGGUGGCGCCGCUCGAGUCGGCCAACAACACGCCGUCCGGCUCCAACACCCGCUCCGUCUCGGCCGCCGUCAGCGACGAGUCGGUCGCCGGCGACAGCGGCGUCUUCGAGGCCGCCGCCAGCAAGAAAGGAUCUGGUCUGAAUGAAAUGAACCUCGAAACUGCUCAAGUCCAAAUCAAAUUAAGGUAUUCUGUACGUGAUAGUAUUCUGCACGUCGGCAUCGAGAGGGCGAGAAAUCUGUCUGCGCUUUUCAUCCCCGAUAGUUGUAAAGUAUGUAUUAAAGUAGCCCUGCUGCCGUCCAGCACGUCCUCCGUGUCCGCGUGCUGCACAAAAGCCGUGGAAGACCUGAAAAAGCCUUCCUGCGGCGAGACCUUCCCGAUUGCUGUGCCGCUGAGCAAACUGUGUGCCAAGACCCUGCAGGUCAACGUCUGGUGUAUUAAACCAAACUGCCUGGACGAAUGCGUGGGUUGUGCGCAGGUGAGCAUGGCCGACUUCAACCCCGAGGAGGUGUCCACCAAGUGGUACAACGUGCUCAGCUUCCGGUUCAUGCGGUCGGUGGAUGCGUCGGGCGGCGACGCCGCCCGCCACGAGAAGCAGGAGAGCGAAAUCAGCAUGGGCCGUGCGGGCGCGCCUGUCAAGGAAGAGAGCAGCGAUGAGUCCACCAUCAUCUCCUCCCAAACCUCCACCCUCACCAGAAACCAAGGAGCUGGUGGACUGAUGGGUCCGGGCGAGGUGCAGUUGUUGGAGCUGGCCUCUGGACACGUGGUGGAGGAGGUGGCGAGCGACAACGAUGAGGAUGAGUCAGAGUCUGAAGAUGAGGAGGAGGAGGAGGAGGAAGAGCACGACGAGGUCAGCCAGGACGACGUGAUCGAGGAGCUCGUUUCUAUGAAAGACCAGGAGACAAACACCGAGUGCGUCUUCAUCCCGGAGAAGGGCGCCAGGAAAAAGAGUACCGACGAUGAUUCGGCCCGCGCCAAAAUCAUCAAACGCUCACAGACUUUCUCGCCUAGCGCGGCCGUCAGCAAAAACCAGUACAUCUGCAGGUUGAACCGGAGCGACAGUGACAGCUCGAUGCCUCUGUACCGGCGGUCGAGCGGCGUGGCGUUCCAGCGCAAUUCUGUUGAGCGGCGGUCGCUGCGGUGGAAGCACCCGCCCGUGUCGCCGCAGCGCGCCGCCUCGACCGCGUCGCGCCACCCCCGCACUUCUCUGGACCUCGAGCUGGACUUGCAGGCCCAGAACACGAAGCUGCAGAACCUGCAAGACGAGAUUGAGCGUCUCCGGCAACUCAAACUGCGCAUGGAGGCAGCCAAGAGCGACUCGGAGAAUGCCGGCUGGAUCCUCGAGGACGAGCACUUCCAGCGCUUCAUGGUGCAGGCUGAGUCCGAGAAGAGGCCAAAGAGUCACGACGAGAAGAAGGUAGAGAGGUUGAUGAAAAAGUCUUCCAAGGAGCUGUACAAGCUGCGCAAGAGUCGAGCUGGUCAAGGAAAGUUGGAUGUCAUUUCGUUCAAAGAAAAGAUGGCUUUCUUCACAAGAACAAACCUACAUGUACCUGUACUGCCGCCCGAGGACAACCAAGACUGCAAUUCGGACAGCGGCACCCUGAAGCGCGAGGACAGCGACGUCAGCCACGACGACGAGAAGUUUUCGUACGUCGUCGACCCAGUUCUCGGCGUCGAAGUGUGAGGAAACAAAAUUCAAAAAACAAAAACAAAAAACGCACCAGUUUAAACCGCUCUGUGACGCCGUUUGCUCUGCAUUCGACCGCUCGACGACUUUAAUUUUUUUGCUAUUAAAAAAAAAUUAUAUCUAAUUUUAAGCCAGGGAAAUAUUUUCCAUUAUUUUAUUUAUCCCGAGGACCUUUGCUAAAUAUUUACCUAGUCAAAAUAAAUAAAUAAAAUUUGAAUAAUCGGAGUGGUCGGUGCGCGGGCAAAUCGGUCGAAACUGCUGUGACAGCUCUCUAAUUGCCGAGACAACGGAAGAAAUACACACACACACACACACACGCAGAUGAUGACGAAAGAAUAGCAUUUUUGUGCCUUGCAGCUUGCCAUAACGAGUUUUUACUAUAAUUUACACGAGUAAUAUUUGCACCCAACACCACCGAAAUGCAAGAUCUUAUCUCUUGCGAGUUUUAUCGAAAAAACUACUGCCUUAACUUGAUAAUUUUUUAUUAUUAUUUUCGUUUGUGUCCGCGCCUCUUGUUUUUUCUCUCUGUAAAAAUAGCAUUCCUUCUUCAGAAGAGAUCUGAGUCUUUGUCCAUGUCAACAACUGAUUGAAGAAUAAAAACACUUACAAACUUGGCAAGCGAAAUCUGGAUUUGAAAUUCAAAUGGCAGCAGGAAUUUUUUUUCCUGAGUUUAAUUGCCAUUUGGUUUUGAAUUAAAAGAAAGUGUCCUUCUAAGAAAUAGAUUUAUAUGAAUUAGUUGAAAAUUUAAAAACGUUACAAGUUUGGCUUUAAGGGACAAAUAGGUUAAAGAAAAUGAUGGCGUUUUUAAUUUUUGUUUUUUAGGCCGACCGUGAUGAGUUAACGUUUAUUUUGAAAUAUCGUACAGUGAUUUUAAUAACAAAAACAAAAUAUGGCGUCCAUCGACCACCACAUAAACUUGCAGAAUUUGUUUUUUGAAUCUUGAAAGUUUAUGUUUGGUAAAAAGCUCCAUGUCGACAGCUUAUUUUAAAUUUAUAUAUGUUGGCAAUGGAGAUUUUUAAAUUCAAGUGGCGCCAGGAUAUUUGCUUGUUAAGUUUUUGCUUUUAUUUCAAGAUUGAAAUUUCAUUUAAAUUGCCGCAAAUUGUUUUCAAUGUCGCAAAAAAUUUAUUUCUUUAAUUUUAUUUUGUUUAAGUAAAGCCCAUUGUGAUUUUUAACUAUUUACGUCCUUUAAAGCAGCUCUCUGCCUACACGCAUUUAAAGUGGAAUGAUAGCGAUUUUAAUUUUACCGGUUACGCCCUCUUUUUUAAGCAAAAGAAAUUUAUUUGCUAUGGGGGUGAGAAAAAUCAUGAAAAUUUAAUUAUGAGAAGAUAAAAAUGAGCACUUUUGAGUCUUGAAAGAUAUUUUUUUAAGCAGAUUUUUCGAAAGGGGUCUGUGUUUGGCCUGAUUAAAAUUCACCAGUUGGAACUAGCGUCAAAAACUGCCUAUAUUCAGAAAGCUGAUUAAGUUUCCAAUUUUUUUCCCAUUUAACUGUUUCUAAAAUUUACUAUUUUCGCACGAAAUUGGUCUAAAAAUUUCAGCUGUCCGUUAGGGAACAUUUAAAUUUUUUGGGAAAUAAUAAAAUAACCAAAAUUAAUUAAUUUUAUUCGAAAAUCAUCACAGAUUUUGGGGGGAAAUUCCCUAUCAUUCCUCUUUAAAUUAGUUCUCAAAUAAAAUUGCCAGUCGAUGAUCGGUAUUGAACCAAGAUUGCUCAAUGAUGAAUUUUAAGAAAUUGGAUGAAAACUGUUACCAGGAUUUAUCGUGUUGCCUGCUAAGUCUGUCUGCGAUCUGACUCGUUUUUAACAGCAACCAAACUGUUUUAUCAGCAAUGAGAGCUUGCUCGAAGAAAAAAUAAUAAUAAAUGAAAAAAAAAUAUAUUAAAUCAGCCUCUGUACGCCUUUUGGAAAAGGGGUUUUAGUCUUUAAAAAAAGGAAUCGUGGUGUCCGUGCCUUGCGAGCGGCCUCUGGCGAGCAGCUUCAAAAAAUCAAACGGCUCGCUGGGGCCGGCCAGUGGUAUUUUUUCUCUCGAAAGAUGACUAAAUGUGUAAAAAUGUAGUGAAUGGUACAUAAUAUAUUAUAUAUUUGUCGUAUGCUACAGCCUUUGAAAAUAUUUUCACUCUCCAUAAUUUUUGUAAAGAUUCUAGUGUAUAAAACUGAAUAAAUAAGAUGAAAAACAAUAUUUAUGAAAUUAG